GUCAUUGUUUUACAGCGUGCGCCAAUUUGUACCGAUUUUAAAAAGAAGAAACUUGUACCUAUAUUAAGUCAGGUUAAAUUAAAAGAUUCCUCGAACAAAUCUUACUGGACAAGAUGAUUGCAGCAUUUUUGGUUCGUGUCGAUGGCUUGCUGCGUUGCAAGUAACCUAGAAAGACUACACCAUAAGUGGCCGCUAGUAGCAAAAAAACUUGUUGAAGCCAGAGACAGCCCAGCUGACAUCUGUUAGCCAUGUCCCACUCAUUUGCCCUCGUUGAUGAUGCAGUGCGGUCGGUAAACACAAUGGAUGACUACUUCAAUGUUGGGAUGGAUAUCUGCACCGACAUUGGGCUCGAAUUCAUGGAAAAUGCCAAACCAGAAGAUGACACCAGUUCAUGCAUACACAAAUUCAAAGAUGUUAUGAUUAAACUGGUGAACAUGAAUAAUGAGGUACAGGCCCUGAAAACUGCAGUGGAGGAAGUCAAAGCUAGGGACCCAGAAAACAAUGAAACCCUGGCUGAGGUGUUGGAAGCAAGGCUGGCUGUGUUGAAGUCAAACUUUCCAGAUGCCCAAUACCAUGAGAAAGUCAAGGAAUUCCAAGAGAAAAUGUCCAAAGCUAUGAAGCAAGAGAGCUCCAGCAAGACUGGACAGGGAGAGAUGGAGAUUGAGGUAUCCCAGGAGACCUUGACCUUCAAGUGUCCGUACACUGGGAAGGUCAUGGAGUGUCCUAUGCGCAACAAACACUGCGGCCAUUCCUAUGAGAAGGAUGGCAUCUUGCAGUACAUCAAACAGAGGCAGAAGAAGGCUAAGUGCCCAGUGGUCGGGUGUGCCAAUGAGAAGCCCAUCGUGCAAGAGGACCUCGUAGAAAAUAGGGAACUCAAGCGUCACAUCGAACGCAAAAUAAAGUCUCAGUGAAGAGGAUUUUCGGACACGGUCAUUCGUGCCUUCCUGCUUUGUUAUUUGUGAACAUUUUAACCUUGUUCUGGGAAAAUAGGGUUAAAUACAUGUGUGUAAAGUAUUGUUCAG